ACUCAAAGGAUCUCAUACAUGAAUUAUCAUCAGAGGGAGUCCCCUCCAGGGUGCAUUACAAAGAUGAGUUCAGAUGCUGAGAUGGGUGUGUUUGGGGAAGCUUCCCCAUACCUCCGGAAGUCUGAUAGAGAGAGGAUAGAAGCACAGAACAGACCCUUUGAUGCCAAGACGGCUGUGUUUGUGUCUGAGUCUAAGGUGCUGUAUGUCAAAGGCACUCUCCAAAGCAAAGAGGGCAGCAAAGCAACCUUUAAGACUGAAGCGGGAGCACUGAGUUACGUCUAAUUGAACUAGUACAGUGCCAUGUGAAAAAAAAGAUGUAAACAAUCGAGAUCGAGUGUUUUACAGAAAUGUAUCCAUUUCUUCUUCCUAAACAUAGACUG